AUGAAUUUUUCAAUUUUCACUCUAAUUUCCAUCUAUUUGAUCGCGUCGAAUUUCGCGUUCGACGCUGAAACGGAACGAUCUAUUGAUAAUUUUGUCGAAAAUGUGUUCAUGCGAAACAACGAGAUACCAGGCGUAGGAUUAUCCGUAGUGCGAAAUGGGACAGUUCUAAUUUCGAAAGGAUACGGAAUGAGGAACAUUACCGCUGGCCUUACGGUCGACCAAAAUACAUUGUUUGCGAUCGGUUCGACAACCAAGAGCUUUACGGCUGUUCUGGUUGUUAAAACAUUGAAUGAACUAUAUCCUGAACGAGGCGCUGCGGUGCUAGACACCCCCAUUGCAAAAUUGAUUCCACCCACCGUCAAUUUCACAUUAAGCGACCGGUAUAGAGCCGAACAAACGACUUUCAGAGACAUUCUAGCUCAUCGUACAUGUUUAUUAAAUGGAGGAAUAGAUCUGCUCUUUGGCACUAUGACCGCUGAGGAAUACGCGUUGUAUAUUCCACAAGUGUGUGAAUUCAGAAAUGGUUAUCAUUACAACAAUAACAUGGUUGCACUUGCUGGAGAACUCAUAGCAGCGAUUGCAGGAACAACACUACGAAAUAUGACACUUUCACUUGCAAGAGACAUUGGCAUGGAAAACACUACCUGCAUUGACUUUGAUGGAGUCUAUGAAUCACUUCCCGAUAUGUCUCAGCCAUAUAUACUCAGGAAUGGAACCCUUGUCGAAUUUGAUAUUUUCCAACUUCGAAGAAUUCACGUGGGUCUGGGAACUGGAGGCAUUUUGUCCACGGCCAAUGACAUGGCUAAGUACAUGGAAUUUCAUUUGAGUCAAGGACGUGUGGGUAAUAGACAAAUUGUGCCAACGAAUGUGAUGAAUUGGUUGUACACUAUAUCGAACGGAUUCGAUUUUCGAGGCAGUAGGAGAGACGAUGCUGAUUCAAGCGUUUACGGUGAUUUGGGAACAGCUCAGGGAUUUUUUUCAGCUUUAUAUGAUGGAUGGAGUGUUAUUCAUCAUGGCGGAUACUGGCCUCCAUACGUUUGCGAUAUGUGUCUCUUUCCCGCAACAAAAAUUGGAAUUUUUAUUUGUUCUAAUGGUCCGGGAUUACUUAUGAACUAUCCUUCACACGAAAUUACAUCUGUGAACAUCUUCGAACUGAUACGAGGAACAAAUCGAUCGUUGGAGGAAAUUGAAUCCAAAAACAGGAAAUUUGACAAUCACUUUAUCGAAGAACAUCUCUUCGAUGGUCACAAAGCAAACAGAGUCUCAACAGUUUUACAUUACAGCCGAAUAAGGAAUAAAGUUGAACUAAAUGCUCUGCAAUUAUACUUUAGCGAGUGGGCACACGGGCGAUUGCAACAAGUUCCCGGAUCCAAUACUAAUUUCAGUGUACAUUGGGACACUACGAUCAUGGACUAUUUUUAUUCAGGUUUGAGGGCACCGCUAAACUUUUGGAUUGAUUUUGGAAUUGUUGACUCGGUGUUGCUACGAGUGGACUUUAACAACUUAGAAUUUCAGUUCGUCAAAAAUGCAACUCUAGAUACAUUUCCAGCUAUUCCUUGGAGUCCGUCAAGCUGUGGACCUGAAUAACUUUUAAAUAAAUGAAAAG